CUUUUCUUAUUUAUAUGUUUUUUUUUUUCAAUAGGACCUUCAUUCUUCUGGUUGGUUCGAAAUUUUCGCUCAUCUUUUUAUUUUUUACAAAUUUCCUUGCCAAUAUCUCAAAAAAUGGGUGCUAAUUCAACCAAGCCCAGCAAGGCUGCAGCAGAUCUCGUCUUGAAUCAGCAGAAGAAUCUUCCCAUAGCGCUCAAAUCUGAAGACUGCAAGGGCAAGACUUACAUCGUGACCGGUGCCAAUGCAGGCCUUGGCUAUGAAGCCGCCAAGCACCUCGUCCGCCUUGAGGCUGCCAAAGUGAUUAUCGGCGUGCGCAACGCGGAAGCCGGCAAGGCUGCAAAGUCGACAAUCGAGACGGAGCUCAACCGCAAAGACGUAAUUGAAGUGUGGGACUUUGACCUGGACUCGUACGACUCUGUCAAGGCUUUUGCCAAGAAAGUUGAAGGCCUGGAACGGGUUGAUGCGCUUGUUUUGAACGCCGGCGCUUUGAUCCGGGCGUGGGAUGUGAAGGAGGGCAACGAGUCCAACGUCACCGUCAACUUCAUGUCCAACUUUCUGCUGGCCGUGUCAGUGCUCCCGCACCUCCAGGCCAUUGCGAAGAAGUACGACACCAAGCCGCACGUGGUGGUUGUCGGUUCCGUGGGCGGCCUUUUCGUCGGCGAGCAGGCAAAGCGGUUUUCCAAGACUGGCCUCUUGGAUGACUUGAACGACGAGGAGAAGUGGAAGCGCGACAUGCCUGAGCGCUACGGCAUGUCAAAGUUCUUGGAGCACAUGGCCACGCGAGAGCUGGCGGCUCUUGUUCCGGUUUCUGAGAGCGGCGUCGUGAUGAAUGUCGUUGAUCCUGGCUUGUGCAAAACUGCUCUGACGAGAAACAUACCCUUUUUUGAACGCCUGAAGUCGUCGAUUGCCAAGGUAGUAAUGGGACGGACGCCGGAGAUGGGUAGUCGGACGCUGAUUCACGGAAUUGCGGCUACAGAGGAGAGUCAUGGGAAGUAUUUGACUGCCUGCGAGAUUCGAGAGGACCAUCUUCCAGAAUGGAUGACGGACGAGUCGGGCAAGAAGCUACAAAAACAGAUUUGGACUGAGCUGGCUGAGAGAUUGGAGAAGAUUCAACCUGGCGUGGUGACUGCUGUUAUCCAAAACUAGAGUUGUUUCAAUUCUACUGAUUGGAUGUUUCUGAUACGGGGUCCCCUAUUGUAUGAGAGUGUUGAGUGUUUGGCACAAAACGUUACUUGUAUAGAGAUGUUUUGUUAUAUGAAGUGCGACGAGAUUGAUGCCGUAUUAAUGCGCACCAACUAAUGGCUACUGUACCGAUGAGUACUAUAUAAUAAUAAUAGCUUGAGUUUCUUACUAGACAUCAACAAUGCUAGAUACCUUGG